GGUGCUGGGCGCCCGCGGAGCGCACAAAGGGGCGCAGUGCACAGACCAUCCCAGAGUAGAGGGCAUCGUGUCCAGCGAGCAAACGGCUUCCCACGGAGCCUUGCCAAGAGGCAGCUCCCCAAGUCAAUACUGAGACUCCAGAUGUGUCCAGAGACAUCCUGAGGAGGUUGAAGGGCUGAGGAGCUUUAAGGCAUCUACAAGAAGAUUCCUGAAGCCAAUUCAGAGCCAGCAAAUUUGCCUGCUAUUUGCAUCAGAGCGUCCUCUCUGAUUGUUCCCACACCUCAAUCCCUGUUGCUAUGGAGGCCACCAAUGGGACUGAGACCUGGUAUGAGAGCCUGCACGCUGUGCUGAAGGCUCUAAAUGCCACUCUUCACGGCAGAUUGCUCUGCAGGCCGGGGCCAGGACCAGACAACUGGACUGAGGAGCACCGGGCCAGCCUACCUGGCCGUGAUGACAACUCCUACAUGUACGUUCUCUUUGUCAUGUUCCUAUUUGCUGUCACUGUGGGCAGCCUCAUCCUGGGAUACACUCGCUCCCGCAAAGUGGACAAGCGUAGUGACCCCUAUCACGUAUACAUCAAGAACCGUGUGUCUAUGCUGUAACGCGAGGCAGAAGAUCAAGACACCUGAGGAUUGUCUUCCAGGGCCUCCAAAACUCAGCUAUGGACCACAUCAGGCUUCAGUGUCCCUGUCUGUAAGAUCAACAAGAAACAGAGCGAAGGGAGGUCAUCAUUGUGGUCGGAGGAGAGGGGCUGGCAGAUCUGGGCCUUGUGGAUAAGAAUUUUUUCCAGGCAAAGAUAGACUUUAUAAACAGUGGGAGCCCAUGAACAAACAUA